AUGUAUAAAUCCCCGUAUUCAGACCCGCCUCCGCUCCCCGACGUCAACGCGCACUAUCUCCUCUUGAAGCGUCCGGAUCAGGCAGAAUGGAACGAUUACACUUUCCAUGUCGAUCCUCAGACAGGACGCAAGAGAACAUACCGACAAUUCCUUGCUCGGAUACAAGAUUUGGCCACUGCCAUGGGUGCUCCGGUCGCUCAAGGCGGUCUGGGUAUGCGAACUGAGGACGGGGAAAUCGUUGGUAUCAUGAGCGAAAACUGUUCUGACUACAUCGCGUUGGUGCACUCUUGUCUUAUGAUCACUACGCCGUUCGCUUUGAUCUCGUCAUAUUCCACUCCUUUUGAGCUAAAGCACGCCCUUACGCUUUCCAAGGCUACUUCGCUUUUUGUCGACGCGAAGUUCUUGCCUGCGGUGCUACCUGUGGCCAAGGAGGUCGGCCUCCCCCUGAACAAGAUCUUUGUUCUGACUGGACGCGCGAAAGGCCGCAAGAGUCUGUCAGACUUGGUGAAAGAUGUAAGGGCCAAGUCGAUACCCACCGUUGCUGUUCGUCAAGCAAACAAAGACACCCUCGCCUACCUCGUUUUUUCCAGUGGUACUAGCGGCCUCCCGAAAGCUGUGAUGAUAUCUCAUGGGAACCUUACCUACUCGUUGGGUCAGGCGAUAGUAGUCCAGCAAGCCGUGGCCGAAGUCUAUACCCCCCCCACACCAGCGACCCCAGAAGGAAUUCUAGUAACGCUUGCAUUCCUUCCCCUGCAUCAUACUUAUGGUCUGCAUGCGUACUGCUUCCGCGCCUGCCUCGUCCCGAACACCCUCGUUAUCAUGUCGAAAUGGGAUAUCGAGCUUGCUUUCAAAGCGAUACCCAAGUACAAAGUUUCCAUCCUGACGCUUAUCCCAUCCGUUGUUCAUCAAAUCGUCAAGCACCCGAAGAGCAAGCAUGUGGAUUGGAGUUCCGUGAUCAGUUCAAACAGCGGGGCUGCCUAUCUUCCGCCUGAGCUAGCCGAGAAGAUGGCCACGCUGGUGCCGAAAGACUCCAACUUUUCGGAAGGCUACGGCAUGUCAGAAGGUACUAUUGCAACGAUUGUGAAGCCUUUCCCAGGCGUGCUUGGCGGCCGUCUAAAACCAGUACGUGGGUGUACUGGUGUUCUCCUACCGGGGAUAGAAGCUCGUCUGCUUCGGGAUGAUGGUUCACCCGUUGAACUAAACGAAGCAGGAGAACUUUGGAUUCGAGGCGGAAACGUAGCUCUAGGGUACUGGAAUAAUGAGAAGGCCAAUAAAGAGACCUUCAUCGAUGGCUGGCUGCGGACGGGAGACCAAUUUAGGGUCGACGAGGAGGGCAAUUUUUGGUUUGCCGAUCGAACAAAGGAUACGUUGAAGGUCUCGGGAUCGCAGGUUUCUCCGAACGAGAUCGAGGAUGUUCUCCUGGCUCACCCUCAGAAGCUCAUUUCCGACGCUACCGUUGCUGGCGUCAGUGGAGGUCGCACACAAGACGAGAAAGUCCCCAGAGCGUGGGUGAUUCUCAGCCCAGCCGGCAAGAAGCUCGGUGCCGCAGCAGUGGUCAAAGAGCUCGAGACAUGGCACCAGCAAAACUUGAGCAAGUACAAGUGGUUGCGCGGUGGCAUAGAAGUGGUCAAGCAGAUUCCGAAAUCGCCGACUGGAAAGACAUUGCGUAGGGUCCUGCAGGACAAAUACGAGCGGCACAUGGCGAAGAAGGUUCAGGCGAAGCUGUAA